CGCUACUCUGCAACUCGCAAUCUCUCUCUCUCCUCUCUCUAAUCUAGCUCAAUUUUUCUGAAUAUUCUUCGAAUUCAAAGUUGACUACACUGUUUGCAGUCACGAAGCUCGAUAAAUCUCACUGAAUUCGACUGAUUCCGCCUCGGAACCUCCCGUUUUUUUCGAUUUCUCACUGUUUUGCCGUGGAAACGUUUUGAGUGAUAAUCAAUGGAGCAAUUUCCUAACCACGAGCUUGAGUAUGUUGUCGAUGAUUACUACGACAUCACUGAUUUCGAGGAUGAAAACGACUCUCCGACUAUUGGAAGUAGUUCCAUGGAUGAUGACUCAGCUGACUCCGAUUUUGAGGAUGAUUUUGAACAGAACAAUCCAAUGACUGAUACAUCGGCUUUGGAAGUCAAAAAAGGCAAGGAUAUCCAAGGAAUUCCAUGGGAAAGACUCAAUUUUACUAGAGAGGAGUACCGUGAGUCCCGUUUGAAGCAAUACAAGAAUUAUGAGAGUCUGUCACUCUGUCGUGAAGAUCUUGACAAGGAGUGCAAAAAAGUGGAGAAAGGCCACAACUUCUACGAUUUUCAGUUCAAUACAAGGCUUGUCAAAUCAACGAUCGUCCAUUUUCAGCUGAGGAACCUACUAUGGGCGACCUCGAAGCACGAUGUGUAUCUAACGCAAAAUUACUCUGUGAUGCACUGGUCAUCCAUGCUCAGGAAGAGCAAAGAAGUCAUUAAUGUUGCUAAGCCUAUUGUACCAACCCUGAACUCCCCUGGAUCUAUGGCGCAAACUCUUUCGAGAGUUCAAAUAAGCACCAUGACUGUGAAGGAUAACCUAAUGGUGGCCGGUGGUUUCCAAGGCGAGGUUAUGUGCAAGUAUCUGAACCAACCUGGGGUUGCCUUCUGUACUAAAGUAGCCACCGAUGAAAAUGCCAUCACCAACUCUGUCGACGUUUAUCACAACCCCAGUGGAGCUAUGAGGGUUAUCACUGCGAACAACGAUGCCCAAGUGAGGGUCUUGGAUGGUGGAAACUUCUCAUGCCUGAAUCGCUUCACGUUCCCAUGGUCUGUCAAUAACAUCUCCGCAAGCCCAGAUGGGAAGCUGCUCGCUAUUCUUGGCGACAGCCCUGAAUGUUUACUUGCAGACGCUCAGUCGGGAAAGGUUGUGAGCAACCUGAAGGGGCACCUAGACUACUCAUUCGCCUCCGCCUGGCACCCGGAUGGCAACAUCCUGGCCACGGGGAACCAAGACACGACUUGCAGAUUGUGGGACAUAAGGAACCUUUCGGAGUCGGUGCACGUGCUCAAGGGAAGGAUGGGCGCUAUCAGGGCGCUCCGUUUCACCUCUGACGGCCGCUUCUUGGCCAUGGCUGAGCCAGCAGACUUUGUGCACGUGUUUGACACGAAGUCGGACUACGCAGCAGGACAGGAGAUCGAUCUGUUUGGUGAGAUAGCUGGUAUCUCGUUUAGCCCCGAUGGGGACGCCUUGUUCGUGGGCGUUUCGGACCGAACAUACGGCAGUUUGUUGGAGUUCAACAGGAAAAGUUAUGACAGCUACCUUAGCUGCAUCUUCUAGGUCUAAAAGAUGAGUUUCUGUGAUUUUUAUUAUGCAGAAAAGAAAUGGGAAAUUUUGCAGUUGUAAAUUGUUAAUUGGCUUUUGCUCUGUAAAUGAGAACAGUAUGUGGCUUGUGUAUAUAUUAAUGAAAUUGUGUUUUCUUUUC